UCACAGACUGUGAAAUCGUUAACAGAAACCGCGACUUCAGUGGCAGUUAGCGACGGUUAAACGUUUGCCUCCAAAUUCCGAACAAAAUAGAGCGAGGAAGGGGACGAUCACAGUCGAACCCUAAACCCGAACCCUAACCCUAACCCUAAAACCCAAUCGAAAGAUGGAGGAGAAGAGGAAAGAGAUCACGAAGAAGAAGAAGAAGAAGAAGAAGAAGAAGAAGUACGAGUUCGAGUACUGCGUGGUUUGCAAGCUCAAUCACGACCAAGGUCCGAGCCACAGGUACAUCCCGAACCACACCAAGUCCCUCUCCGCCUUCCUUUCUCGCUUCCAGUCCAAGCUCGCCGACGUCCGCUUCUUUCUCAAAAACCCUAGCCCUCUCCGCCCCAAACACGCCUCCUGCAAUCGCCUCUGGUGCGUCUUCUGCGACUCCGAUAUCGGCGAGCUCGAUAGCUCCUUCGCCUGUGGUAAUGCGAUUAAUCACCUUGCGACCGCUGAACAUCUGAAGAAUUAGCAUUUCUUGUGGAAAUACGGUGGAGGAAUGGACCGCAUCGAUACAUUUAGAAUUUCGGAAAAUGAACUUGCUAAGUGGGAGAAGAAGUGUAAUUCACUGAAGCUUGAAGCUGUGCCUUGUGGUGAAGGCUCUCGAGAACCGACAUUUGGACCUUCGAAUGAAAUGAGAAUCAGGUAUCCCAUUCAGGACUCCCUCAAGUUACAAAUGUUGGCUGCUUUCCGCAAGAUGUUGCUAAUGCUUCUUAUCAUGGGGGAAUACGGUCUGGUACAAAUUCCAUAAAUUCAAAUGGUUUAACAGUUAGCAGGAAUACCCAACAUCCUUUGGUUUCUAAUGGUAGAAAAUUCUCAGCUGAUGGUUACUUCGAUAAUGAAAGGGUAAGUUUGAUUAUCCACACUCUUCACUAAAAACAUCUGUUUCUUGUGAUUGCAUUUAAAUGAAUGGCUAUAAAAUCAGAAAACACGUGAUAUGUUUGGUGUAGAUAAGAGAGGGGUCUCAGCAUGGAAGAAUGACAAAAGGGCAGAGCAGUUCUCCAGGUUUUCAGAAUCUCACUCAAAUAUCAUCCUUGGGUCCUAAAGAGGCUAGUGGAAAUGUGCAUACUGGGGCACCUCCUCCUUGGCUUCAAGCAGAUGAAGAAAUUCAGUUUAGUGUUCCACUGAAACCAGUUUCAGGUAGUCUUAUCUCCCUGUCAAAUAAGUCGGAGAAGUCCAAGAAAUUGAAUCCAAACCGUGUCGGAGCAGCUUGGGCAGAAAGGAGAAAGAGGGAGGUGGAGAUGGAAAAAAGAGGGGAAAUUGUCAUGAGUGACUGUGAUGCCAAUUGGCUCACUAAUUUUGGUAGUUUGGCAGUCCGGUAGCCGAAAAGAGUCCAGAAAAGAAUUUGAGUUGGAGAAACACAAAUUACCUAAGGUUGAAAUUCAGUUGAACAUGCCAAUUAAGAUACAGCCUUACGUCAGCAAACGAAUGAAAACUGAUGCGAGUGAAUAAUUUUGCUGUGAUAGUUAUGCAAGUUGACGGUAGCUCCAAUGACAGACAUGUCGGAAGAAUGAAUGUGCAUGUUCUCUACUUUUUCCCUUGAAUUUGGGGGUGUAGAUCACGUCAAAUGGAGCUGGAAGUAUGAAGGCGGGCAGGUAGCACACUUGUGAAAUUCAACCCGAAUUUGAUUAUUAGGCUACUGUACAAAAUAGAGCUGGCAAAAAUUUGUAGAAUUUGAUUGGCCUGUGAUCCUAAAGUUCCAUAAUCUCCCUUUGGAAGAAACUAAGUUCUCAUCACACAGAAACUCCCAGGAAAACCACUUCUCGAUCAUUCGGUCUACGUCAUGCACUACCACAUGCGUAAUGUUUGCAUUUCUUGCUAUCAUACUAGCAGAAUAGAUUGCUGACAUCCUACCCGGUUCCUCUGGUGCAUUCCCGCUCGGUCCAUCCACCACCACCACAUCCCAUUUAAGCUGGUAAACUUCUUGUGGUAAAUUUUUCAAUGCAAGUUGACAUUUUGAUCGUUGAAGCAGUUUUGAGCUGGGUACGCAGUCUGGGUGUUCCCUUGCGUGCUUGAGCAGCCUGUACGCCUCUUUUGCAGGUAUCUGGUAGUCCACCUUGUAGACUCUGGUGGUGUUGGAAUUUGGUUUCAGUGUGCUUAUCUUCUUUUGAUCAUCCUCUAGAAAGACGGUGAUGCCGCCUGCAUUGAUUAAUGACAGAGAUAUAUACUGAGGUUCAAGCCCGAAUAUGAGGAGGUUGCAGGGAGCUUUCUGCGAAAUGAGAUUCAACAGCAGUUGGUAUUCCUUUUUCCUGAGGCCGGAGGUGUUGGCAGAGGCGUUUGUUUCUGCACGAAACUUGGUGCACGUGGAAGAGAAAGAACAUGUCUUUCCAAGAGUAGGAGGAGGUGUAGUUACAGCAAUUCUAACAAGUCUGAGCACCGAAACAAUCGAAAGGAUCAAAACAAGGAAAGGGAUGAGUUUGGUUCUGGAAAAGUUCAUGGCUUUAGAUCCUCUCGAUUGCUUGUGUCUAUGAGGCUGGCACUCUUGUGCUUCUGGUGAGACGGGAGAAGAGAACCGAACCAGAGGAGUUACGAUAGAGCGAAAAUGAGGCACUUCUGGUGGCAUUUUUCUGUCUCUCUUUUCUUUCACCUCCUCUGCAGCCGCUAUCACACCUUGUAGGGAGAUGUCCGGUGGUGGGGUAUUUGAUGGUUGAAGCUGUUAGGCUGAAAGACAGCGUGGUGGCUCACUGGGUGGUUGAGUGAAGACCAAGUAAAGGUUUGCUUUGGUUUCAAGGGUUUCUUUUGUUUUUAUUAGUCAGGUGCGUGGUUGUUACAUAAUAAAACGCUGCGUUUUGGUAUCCAAUUGCUAUUUGUUUA